AUGAAAGUACUAGUUUUGUUGGUGGUAGUCAGCAUGGCGAGCGCAGCUGAAGCGCAAGGUGUUUACUGUGGGAGGAGGUUGGCUAUGGCGCUGGCAAUGCUGUGUGAAACAAACGAGGACAAACGAGGGGACUGGUCUAUGUAUGGACCAUUGGCGCACGAGAGAACUGAGCAUCAAGAUAACUGGUCCGUCUGGCCGUCGUUACCUCAACCCUGGCUGCAGCUAAGCCGGGCUCGCAGCCUUGGACGCCCCAAAAGACAGGUCGUGAUGGAGUGCUGCAUGAAACCUUGCUCGGAAGACGAACUUAUGGCCUACUGCUAA